AUGGAACAGAGAGUCACAGUCUGGGGUGGUUCUGCAUGGUGCUUGAAGACCCUGAACGCGCGGAAUAGGUCGGAGCGAGCUGUUCGGCUUGUGUUCCAGCGAGCCAGAAGCUCUUCUCCGUGUGUCAUUUUCUUCGACGAGCUCGAUGCGCUGGUGCCGAGGAGGUCUGCCGAGGGCACCGGCUCGUCAGAACGCGUCGUGAACCAGAUGCUCACCGAAAUGGACGGCGUGCAGUCGCGCUCGCAGGUUUAUGUCAUCGCUGCCACGAAUCGGCCGGACAUCGUGGAUCCCGCAAUGCUGCGACCAGGCCGUUUAGACCGACUUCUUUACGUGCCUUUCCCGUCUGCCGUCGGUCGGUUAGAAAUCCUCCAGACGCACAUGAGGAAGCAUGAACUAGGACCGGCUCAGGAUCUGCAAAGAGUGGCAGAGGACGCUGAUGGCUUCAGUGGCGCUGACCUGGCGUCCUUGGCCCGUGAAGCUGCGAUGCUAGCAAUCCGGGAUGCGGCUGCUGCUGCGACCAGGCCUCGAAGCGUCGGUUUUGGAAGUGAGAAGUCUCUCGCUGCUGCUGCCGGUGUGCAGGUGACGGCCGACCUGUUGUGGAAGGCCAGGAGCCGCGUCCAACCUUCGGUCAGCCAGCAGGAGCGGCGGGAGUACGAGCAGCUCGCAGCUCGCUUGUGCGGUUGGCGAUCAGCUGGAGGUUCGUGUUUGCUGGAAAGAGAAGGCUGA